AUGUCAAAUGAUUUAGGUUCGCCGUAUAUUGGGGUGAAGCCAGCAUUAUCAACAAAGGCCACCGCAGGAACAAACUCGUCUUUGGUUGAGCAAUAUGUUCAUUUUGGUUACGAUCAAGUAUUAUUAUCGAUUACAAAUGCUCAUUAUAGAGAAAAAUCAAGAAAAGUAUUUCAAAAGGCCAAAAGACUUGUUGAUAUUACUAUUCCAUCGCCAAGUUUGACAGAUGUCAACAUAUUUGCUGGACCUCAUGUCCAAAACACUAUUGGUUUGUUAUCCAGUUGGAUUGAAUUAGAAAGUGAAGAUGAACUAAUAUCAGAGUUUUCCAAACAAGUUAUGAUCAAAGAGUUAGAAUAUGCUAAAUUUAUUGGUAUAAAUCAUUUAAUAAUGGCACCUCCGAAGAAUUUAAUCAAAUUAGCAAAUUAUUCCAAAAGUGUUAAUGAUGCUUUAGAUAUAACCCAAACUCAUAAUAUAACAAUAUCAAUAUCAUUGCCAUUAUGUGAAGAAAUAACAGAAGAUUCUUUUAGAUUUCAACCAAUAGAUUCAUUAAGUACUUGGGACAUGUGGAAUUCCAUAAGGACAAGUUGUGAUUAUAAUCAAAGAUUAAAAAUCUCAUUGGCAAUACCCAAAAGUGGUAUACCAAUAAAUGUUGUUGAAAGGUGGUUUGCAGAACCAGUUUCAAUAUUAUUAAUGUCAUCAUCUAUAUUUAUUCUUAAUAAUAAAGGAUAUCCAGUCCUUUCCAAAACAAUUCAAACGUUAUUACAUCAUUUCCAUAUUAAAAAGCCAUUAUAUUUAUUACACGGGCUUGAGAAAGUACCUGAAGAAGUUGAUUCUUCAUCUUAUAUGAAAUAUAUCAAUUACAUAUUAGUACGGAAUCAAGCACCUUUAAACAUCAUUGAUAAAGUUUCCAAAAAUCAUCAAGAUGUAUUAUUACCUCCAUUACAGCCGUUGGCUACCAACUUGGACGAUUUUACAUACUCCAUAUUUGAAAAAGAUGAUGUGAAAUACGAUGUUUAUGGGAAAGCUAUUUAUUCUGCAUUAUCUGAUUUAUCACAUUUACAUACUAUAAACAUUGCAAUUGUUGGUGCUGGGAAAGGAGGAUUGGUUGAGCAGGUUGUUAAAGCUGUUAGAAAACUACAAUCAAGCUCCAACAUUUCAAUCACAGCUAUUGAAAAAAAUACUUCUGCGGUUAUUUAUUUACAAAAGAGAAAUUUUGAUGAUUGGAACCAAUCAGUUGACAUUUUGAACAUAGAUAUGAGAGAAUGGUCACCAAAAGAAAGUCAUAAUAUCAUUGUGAGUGAAUUAUUGGGGAGUAUGGGAUGUAAUGAAUUAUCACCAGAAUGCCUUGAACCUUUGGAAAAAUAUCUGGAUAGAGAAAAUGGUGUGUUCAUCCCACAAUCUUACACAUCAUUUAUAGCACCAACAUUCUCACCCAAGAUCUAUAAUUCAAUUCGUUCUAAAGGCGGUCAACUCAAUUUCCAUAAGCAAUAUGUUGUCAAACAAUUGGAAUCAGCAUCAUGUUCAACAAAGAUCAACGAGAUUUGGUCUUAUCAGCAUCCUACCAUUAAAGAAAGAUCAAAUAAAAGAAGAACCAUUUCUACUUUCAAGAUUCGUCAUAAAACUGUCAUUCAUGGCAUUUCAGGCUACUUCACAACGAAUUUAUACAAUGAUAUAGAAUUAUCAAUCAAACCAGACACGCAUACUGAAAAUUUGACAUCAUGGUUUCCCUUGUUUUUUCCAUUAGAAGAACCAUUAUAUGUUCCUGAUGAUACAGAAUUAGAAGUAUUCAUAACGAGAGAAUCAUCAAACGGUAAAGUUUGGUAUGAAUGGAGUGUCGAAAGUUUUAUGUAUCUUGUUGUACCGGGUGACAAUUCAAAUGAGUUUCAAAUAAGAGUCAGAACAGGUAUGUCUAAAAUUCACAAUCAAAGGGGUAAAGGUUUUGUCAUGAACCUGAAUUUUGAAUGA